AUGCCAACACCCGUCAAUGAUCCCUACUUAACCCCCAACGAUGAUUCCAGAUUAAGGAACCUCGAGACUGGACAUCAGCCUCACAGGCGCAGCCUGGAUCCAGGCCCCUCAAUGGCGACCCCUCCCUCACCCCGAGCCCUCAAUCCCACGCGCCGCAACCCCUGGGAACCGCAGACCGACCACUCAAACGGACACCCUCGAGACGCCAACCUCCACGCCAACGGCAACCACCCUCCCACUCCACCUCUUCCCCUCCACACCCCCUCAUCCUCCCCCUCCGUCGACAACAACAAAAACCCCGCCGCCAUAUCCCUCCGCGCCUUCGCCCUCGGCUCCACAUUCUCCGCCUCCCUCCUCACAACCCUCUACCUCUCCCUCCCCCACCCAGCCACCCCCAACCCCAAUUCCACCCUCCUCCCCCCACCGACCCCACUAUGGCGCCUCCCCUUCUUCCUCCUCCUCCUCUCCCUCUUCCACUUCCUCGAAUACCACACGACCGCCAUAUCCAACCCGGCCGCCGCGACCGUAUCCGCGUUUCUGCUCUCAAGUAACGGCAAAGCAUACAACAUCGCGCACGGGAUGGCCUUCGUCGAAUGCUUCCUCCAUCAUCACUACCUCCCGAAACUCACACGCAGCAUCUUCCCACCCGCGGUACACACGGCCUGGCUCGUCCUCGGCGCCGCAAUGUUGGCCAUAGGCCAAGGCACACGGACGACGGCCAUGGUCCACGCGGGCUCCAACUUCAACCACCUCAUCCAGAGCAAGAAGAAGGAAGGACACGUCCUGGUCACCGGGGGGGUCUACCGGUACCUUCGGCAUCCGAGCUAUUUCGGGUUCUUCUGGUGGGGGUUGGGGACGCAGGUGGUGCUCGGGAACGUGGUAUGUUUGGUCGGGUAUGCGGUGGUGCUGUGCAGGUUUUUCAGGAGGAGGAUCGAGAAAGAGGAAACGCUGCUUGUCGGUUUCUUCGGCAUCGACUAUGUACGAUAUCGGGACAGGACGAGGGUUGGGAUACCUUUCAUUCCGUGA